GUAAAGUCAUAACCCAGUGUGUGACUCUGCGAUCUUUAACUACGAAGAAGGCAGUAAUUUGAUUUAAGCAUUUCCUAAUAUUUUUGGGUCUAGAUUAAAUAAAAAUAAUCGACUAGAUGUUUCCCUAGUUAAAGUCAAUAGAUAUAGGAGGUGUUAACAGUUAAACUGUAAUCUCUAUGAUGACGAAAUGAAUCAUACAAUUAUCGCGCUUAUAUUAUUAACAAUAUCCAUAACAAACACAAAUUGUAAGCACAUUAAUGGGACUUUGGAAGAUAAAAGACUAAACUUCACAGGGUUUGCUCUUAAAUAUGCCGGAGCAGUUGCGGAAUAUGAUGUCACGACAGAAGACGGAUAUAUUCUUAAGCUAUUUCGCAUCCCAGGUGAUAAAACUAAGCCCGUUCUACUAAUGCAUGGUCUUCUAUGUUCUUCUAAUGAUUUUAUUAUACGAGGUAACGAUUCUCUUGCGAUAACGUUAGCACACGCAGGUUAUGAUGUUUGGCUAAGUAAUUACAGGGGAAACAUGCAUUCAAGGCGGCAUCACACCCGCAACCCAGAUACUGAUGCGUCUUUCUGGAGAUUUGGACCUUAUGAACAUGGAUAUUAUGACUUAGCUACAUCUAUUGACUUUGUUUUGAACAAAACUAAGGAAAGAUCCCUUUCAUUGAUAGGCCAUUCUGAAGGUAUGUUAAUAACGUAUAUACUUGGAGCUGAAAGGCCAGAAUAUAAUGACAAAAUAAAAAUCGUCAUUGCGUUAGCACCGGCCUGUCACCUAGAGCAAAUUUCAUUGAGGUUGCCGAAGAUAGAACAAAUAGGAAGUAUUCUAAUCAACUUUCUCAAGCUGCACAAUAUCGAAGAGUUUUUGGGGUUUAAUACUGUCAGUGGAAAAAUGUUAAGGAAUUUUUGUUCAGACAGAUUUUUAGGCAACGACAUGUGCCGACAGUUCUUUUUGUUUGCAUUUGGUUUUGAUCCCGAAGGUUUAGAGCCGUCAUUUAUUCCAACUAUAUUUAACAACUUCCCGGCAGGAACAUCAAGACAAAACAUUGAGCAUUCUAUUCAAUUUAUUUCAUCGGGAAAAUUCAAACAAUUUGAUUAUGGUCCGAUCACAAAUUUUAUAAAAUAUGGUUCUGAAGUGCCACCGGAACAUGAUCUAAAAAAAGUAACAAUGAAAAUGUACAUAAUUGCUGCCAAAAAUGACAAAUUGUCAGUGAUAGAAGAUAAUGGGUUACAAGCUAAAGAGCUGCCUAACGUUGAAGAGUACAUUAUUAUAGAAAACGAAUUAUUUAACCAUAUGGAUUUUAUUUGGGGUCGACAUACACCAAAACUUCUGCAUUACCGUAUCUUGGAAAUUUUGAAGAAAUAUAAUUAGAAAAUCAAGUGGUAUGGACAUAAAAAGGAACAAGAAUAAAAACAUUUUUGUUCUUGAUCUUAUUCUGCCUUACGAUAAUGAUCGUCUAUAAAAAUGUAUAUAAACAUAUCGACAGACAUUUAAUUUUUCUUAUUGUAAUGAUAAUCUGAAUUCCCCCAGUUUUAAGAAUUAGCUAUAAUGAUUAUUUCAUAAAAGUAAAGUAUGAUAUCUAACACAAAAAAAUAUUAGCAAACUUACAUUCCUCGCAAAUCUGCAGC